AAAGUACUUUGUAAACUUUCUAGGAUAAUCAAGGAGAGCAUCAGAGAGUUGCUAAUUGCGAAAACGAGAGGAUUCAAAUUGAAUAUUCCUGUCUGCAAGAGAUGGAGGAAAUGGACUGUUGUUUGAUCCCUGGCUCCGAUUCUCCAACAAAAGUGAUAUUUGCGGUACCCUUCGAUGUAUCAUAUUCAAGAGAAGGCAAACGGCAGCGGAUAAAAUUUGUGGCUAAGGUUCAGUUUUCGAUCAGUUCACUUGUAACAAAUGCGGUGACUCAAGUUCAGAGCAAGGUCGAAGCACUAUCUCCAUUUGACUUUCCUGAUCUCCUUCAAUCAAUAUCGAGUAUCGGGAUGACUGAGCAGAUCACAGACUACAUUGAACGCGUUACGGACAAUAUCCGCAGUUUCUUCGAGAAGACAGAGAGAGCAAAGCAGCUAAAGAAGGAGUUUGUCAAUGCAAUGAUGGAUACAUUUCACAAUCAUCUGCUCGAGUUCGAUGCCGUUAAUUACAGCUUUACGUCAUUUAUAUUUACUAUUUCAAAAGAUAAAGCUCGCCAGGAGCCUCCAUCAACAGCAAUAGCAACAUUUUAUUUGUCUGAUCGUUUCCCGAAUGAAUAUCCAAAGCUGACAUUGGCUGUUCCGAUGGUCCCUGGCUCUACAUACAAACCAACACCGUCUCCUGAAGUCAUACCCAUCAGCCGAUAUAGUCCACGAUGGGGUGUGGAUCGGAUUGUCACAGAGAUUUGGGAGCAACUGUGGGAUGAGAUUCCGCGAUUUCAUGCAAAAAUGACACACGCUAUGUCAAAUGCGUAGUGCGACGUAAAAAUCUCAAUAAAAAUAAAAAUAAGAAUAAAAAAUAAAAAUACUAUACGAUUGGCCCCAGAG